GAAUAGGUUUGAUGCCAUGUGAGGCUGCCUCUGUUUUCUUUCGAAAUUUCUCUCCAAAAUAAGAUGUUUUUCUUCUAUUAGWGGAUAUUUACAAACUUAACGAUUUGAGAGUUAUUAUUCAAGAUUGUUUUCAGCUGAUUCAAACACAUAUGGUAGGAACAAUACUUAAAAUGAUUGCGUCUCGGAACAUCAAUGAAAAUCCUCAUGAUGAGAGCAAAGCACUCCCUAGAAGAAGCCCAAUUCAAGCAAGUAUUGAUCAAGUUGAUAAUGAAACAAGUCAAAACAUGAAUUCUGACUAUAAAGAAGAUGGGAUGCCCAUUAGAAUUCCACAAAAUGGUGGAACUGAUGACCAAAGUGCAUCCACAUAUGAAGAUGAUGAUAUUGAUGGUGAUGUCACAGAUAGUAACAGUGGUGCGUUUCAGUGUUCUUGCAAGGUGUGGUCCUGUACCCAGUGUCAGAAGGCAUUYAGCUCAGCGCGUGCACUCAAGAUUCACGAAGUAAAGCAACAUGAAAACAUGCCAAAACGGUACAUAAAAUGUACCCAUUGCGAUGAAGUAUUUGAUCACAGCAACCUUCUGCAGAUUCACAUGAAAGUACAUCAUAAUAUCAAAGUGCAGUGUUCUCAGUGUAAAGACGUUCCCAAAACUAACAACUCAAAAGUACACCAAGCUGAGCCUAUGUGCCCUGUAUGCGGCGUCAAAUUUGAUCACGAUAAACUCUUAAAACUCCAUAUGGAACACUACCAUAAGGUGUCCAGGAAGGAGUCGGUACCUACUGAGCAGCAGACAUUCCAACCAUCUUCUACUCUGCUGUCACCCAAUUCCAAGACACAGGAUUCCAGAACACUAAGUCCAGAUUCAAGAAAACAAACUCCUAGUCCACGGCAGAUGGAAGGUCGCUUCUCUCGUUCAUACUACGACACUAAUAGCGACGAUUCCAACUCAAGAAGUAGUGUUUCUCCACGAGAAAUUCAUGGCGAUCGUGAGCUUGGUGAUCGUAAAGAAAUGUUUGAUCAACGGCUAAACAGUGGUCUUUAUUCACCACGCCAUCUUCUUACAGUUCCUCGUAGUUCGUAUUAUCUUCCCGUUCCUCAGGAUAAUGGUUCUUUACCGUAUGGCUUGAUGGGUUAUUAUCCACAGGGUGUCAGACGCAGUAUUGAAAAAAGACCUUUGGGUCGAAGUCAUAGUUUACCAUUAAAACAAGAGACUGUAUAUCCAGACGUCCCCUUAAUGCCGUGGCAAGUGCCAGAUGCAGGUUAUCCUGUAAUGUAUGGGAUGCCGCCMAGAGAAAGGAAAUUGGACAGGGCAGCUCUGGAGGCCAUGCGCAAUAGUUUGAAGGCAAAACUAAGGAGYGUGGAAGAGACUCUUCUCAGAGAAGAAACUGAAUCUCACCAGCCUUUGAGUCCCACGCUUCACGACCUCUACGACAACCAAAGAUAYUUUCGGGGAAGAGAGGAAGAUGUUGUUUAUCACUAUCGACCGUCCGUUAUCACUCCUAGAAGCUCAUUUGGAGCAGUGCCUUUCAAACGUCAAGCUCCACCGAGUGACCUCGAGCCAACUGAAAAAAUGCGAGCUAUAGAMCAAGCUAACGACAUUUCGCGUAGUCCAAGUCGCAGUCCCAGUCGACCUGUGGCUUCCUUCAGUCCUCUAGCCAGAGAAAGUGGAAUCCCAAGAAUUUAUGAGCCUCGGGAUGUCCCCAGAGUUUCAAGAGAUGACCUUGCUAUUCCUAAUCUACAGAGAGAAUACUUUGAUAACCAAGCUAAGAUCUUCAUCAAGAGAGGUGCUCCAAGGUGCAAUCGUUGUCAGCAGACGUUCAGCUCCAAGAUGGAAUACCUUCAUCACUUGAUAUCUCACAGAGAAAAAGACGGACUUGUGGACGCAUCUCCAGAAGAGAUGGAAUUCAUAGAAGAUGUUAAACGUAGUAURGAUAAUAAAAACUUUGCUGCGAAAGAAAUGAUCGACAAUCGAUACAGCGCAACUUCCACAAACACAUCGGCAAGUCCUUCACCAGACGAUAAAAGUUCUGUGGAAGCUCGCGAAAAAGACGCAGAGGCAAAACAGGAGAGCUUAUCGGAAGAUAAUUCUUCAGCUGCAAACUCCACCUCUCUACCUGCAGGGACUGAAUGUAUAGAGUGUAAAGACGUGUUUGUUGACUCGGCAUCGUAUCAGAGCCAUGUUGAAAAGAGACACAUGAAACCACGGUGUCGUGAAUGUGGGUUGACUUUCGACCACAAGAAUCUUCUUAAGAUCCACAUGGAUUGCUAUCAUAGCAGUGUAGAGGUCUUGCAGUGUUACUACUGUGGUAUGUCAUUCAAACAUCGCGUUGCUUUCCUUGAUCACGUGACAUCGCAUGAAUCCCAGGACAUCAGCAACAACGAACGAGUGAAUGAGCAAAGUAGUGACACUARUGAACAAGGAGGACGUCGCCGAUGGGGAAGACUUGUCGCUUCUGCGCAAUUACCAGCUGAGAAGUCAGAUGUACGUGACGGGGAGCAUGCUGGUGUUGAUGAAAGACCAGGAGUUCGAGAUGUGCUAGCUUUGAAAAGUCACACAAAGCAAAAACUACGAAAAACUGUCUCUCUUUCCGCCUACACUGAUAUGAUUAAUAGACAGAAGAGGAGUCAUGCACAGUUCCUUCACGAGACGCGUUCAAAGGGAGAUGAAGCAAUCGGCAAAGAAAUGCGMACUAGGAUCUUUUUGCCGAAUUUUGAAGACAAGAUGGAAAAUCUGUCGAGGUUUGCGUCGUCAUCAGUCCAGCUAGCUAAGAAGAGAGUAUCGCCUCCACCUCAAGAAAAAACAGUUCAAGGCAAUGGUGAUUACAUGUUCCGUAKACAUAACCUCCCUCCAUCAGGUCAGGAAGUCGAAAGACCGUCUUAUCACGGCGAAGCAAGAACCGCAUAUACUACCAACGACGGAAAACCAUUUCCGUAUGUCCAGAAAAGGAAACUCGAGCGAUUGAAGAGAAGUGCUCCAGUCGAAGAGGACAUGAAGGCCCAAGUCGAGGCUCGACUUGGUGUUCCGCUCAGGAAGGCAUUUGUGAGGGACGAGGUGGAAAACCUGUACCAAAUGAGACACAAAAAGGCAUAUCAUAGUACUGAGUUGUCAAACAGCCCAGUAUCUGAUCCGAUAGAUCAUAGAAAUGCUCUGGUGAAGAUUGAAAGAGUAGAAGUGGACCCUGUUUCAAGGAAUACAGCCACACAUGAACCAGAUGCCAGCAACAUAGAGGAACGCAAACACAGCCCAGCAUUGCAACAACAUACGGCGGGUAUUUCAGAUAGUGGAGAUAAUGUGACCAUUGAAAAUAACAGCGCAACAAAGGUUGUUCAGCCCACUGUAAGCACCGUUGCACCGCCGCCGCUCAUUGACGUCAGACGUAGUACUCAAGCCUCCACUGUUACCUCGGCCACCGAAUCAAAGAGGUCAUCGAGCAGACCCGAAUCACCUUGUGUAUCUCCGAAUAAUAUCGAUAGCAAAACGAAACUUGAUACGAGCUCAUCGACGUCUCUAACCGGCGAAUGGAGUGACAAGGAAGUAAAAGGAAAACGUCGAAACAGCAUUAAAAGACUUACCAAAGAAGCUUUGAUCAAUUCACUGUCACUCAAACGUCGAUCAAGCGCUCCUGACUUGUACCAGUUCCAUCGUGAACAAUCAACUGAAAACACGCAGGACGAGAAGACUAAGAACACUGUUAAACAUGAUACCAGUCCAGGAAGUCCAAGUACAGGAAGUGAGAGAACUGCCAGUCCUUCUAUUGACACUAAGCAUCAUGGUUCAAGGUCAUUGUAUUACACUCCAAGAAAACAAUCCGAUCGUGAUGUCACGUGCGUUCAGUGUGGAGUUAGUUUUGGACAUAAAAAACUUUAUAAAAUCCACCUAGACUCUUAUCAUGGCAAACAAGCUGAACAUGAGUGCUUGCAAUGCGGAGCAAGGAACUUUCAGAAUAAGGAUGAAUUCGUGAAGCAUUUGAUGGCUCAUCAAAACGAGGGGAAAGUCAGCGAUGUUUUGACCUACCAGGAAACUUCUAYCGACAAGGAACCUGACUUUCAUCAAACCAUGAACAAUGAUGUUAACUAUGAACUCAAUCCAAAGAUACGAAAAUUAAAAGCCAGUUUAAGUGAAAGGGGCGAAAUCACGUCGUCUGACGAAGAGAAAUCCCAUUUUUCUCCACAAGCUCMCAGCAGUGAGCAGUCAAAUGAUAACGUWAAGGCCAACAACAAUGCAAAAGAAACGAUUGAUAAGAAAAUCACUUGCCUACUAUGCGGUAAAGUGUUUGAAAAUGGAAAACAACUGGAACAACACUUUUCAUCCCAUGCAAUGAUAAGCGAAGAUGGACGUUUCUGUUGCGUCAUUUGUAACAAGCCAUUUGAGACUCUGCGUAAGCUUGAAGUUCAUUCACGCAGUCACACAGGUUUUAAACCUCACAAAUGUGAACAAUGCGGCCGCUGUUUCCCCUAUUACAGCUCUUACUAUUAUCAUAAAAUGACGCACACCAAGGAUCGACCACACAAGUGUCCCGUUUGUGGAAAAGGAUUCAUCCAAACGCGUUAUUUACGUUCUCACCUCGCAACACAUAAAGAUGAACAAGGCUCGAUGAGCGAUGAAGUAGAAAGUAUCAUCAGGAAGGCAGAGCUUACUAUGAACGACGAAACAGAUGAAGAAAGCAUAGACAGUCCUGGGACAGCUGAGAGUUCGCCAGGGUAUCGGGCCAACGACGAAGAAACGGCCACUGCAGAGAUUCUCUGUAGUUUUAAGCGAGGAUUGAACUGUAGUGCRCAGAACUCUGAUUCAGAACAAUCUCCAGCAAUWCCACUUUCUUGUACAUCAGUAGAUGAUUAGAAUACAGCACAUAUGUAAAUAAUCAACAUGUAGUGCAUGAGUUUUUACAGCACUUUGUCUUGGCAAAACCAAAUUGUACAUUUUCUGUAAACAGGRUAUGUUGAGUGUAUUUCUCUUCAAUAGAAAAUUUAGAAACAAAACUUGAAAAUACAAUGAAAAUAAAAAUGUAAAAGAUG